CAGGUGAGCUCCGGCCUCCCCGCUCGUGCCGCCUAAAUGGUACAGUCCACAUGCAGUUUGAGUUGUUGCUGAGGAGGCUCCUCCGUCGAGCACAUACCGCUAAAUCGGCAUACGGUCUACGCUUGGGUCCUGUAGCAGGAGUCUGCGUUGCUUUUGGAAAUGUCACCGUCUUCUCGCCAGAUUUAUCUCGGACUGCAGGGCAGGGUCGCAUUAUUUUACCUUUUGUGCAGUAUCACAGGUGUAUGGGGUAAUCAGGUUGUAGUGCCUCAGAGGGUGAGCGCUGUGCUGGGGAAGAAUGUCACAUUGGAGUGCAGGGUGGAGGUGGGCGCAAACCUUACUCUCACUCAAAGUUCCUGGGAGCGCCGUCUACCUUCAGGCUCCGUCACAGUGGCUGUCUACAACCCUCAGUUUGGCAUCUCCAUCCCUCCGGAGUUUGGCCAGCGCUUGUCUUUUCGCUCCCCAUCCUCUCACGAUGCCACCAUCAUACUGAAAAAUGUGGGUUUUGCUGAUGUCGGGAUGUAUACCUGUAAGGUUGCCACAUUUCCUCUGGGAAACACUCAAGCCUCCACUACUGUCAGUGUACUUGUGGAGCCAAAGGUCUAUGUGUCUGCGGGUUCAACUGCUCUAAUUGAUGGUGGCAAUGAAACUGCGGUGGCCACCUGUAUUGCUGAGCGUGCCCGGCCCCCUGCUGAAGUGUCCUGGGAGUCCAACCUUUUUGGCCAGUCAGACGUGCAGCUAUUUGAUGAAGCCAAUGGUACCACCAGCACACAAGUGCGCUACCUCUGGCAGCCCACGCGGCACGUCCAAGGCCACACGCUCACCUGCGUGGUCCGCCACCCAGCUCUGCAAAGUGACUUCAGGAUCCCAUACCAGCUCAAUGUGCAGUUUGCUCCUGAUAUCUCCGUUGUGGGCUAUGAUGGAGACUGGUACAUGGGUCGGGAAAACGUUCAAAUGACGUGCAAAGCCAAUGCAAACCCACCAGCUCAUCACUUUAGGUGGAUCAGAUUGGACAGUGAAAUGCCAGAAGGGGUGGAAAUAAUCAACAGCACUUUGCUCUUCCUGCGGCCCCUCCAGCGAAAUGACUCUGGAGUUUACAGGUGUGAAGUUGCCAACAUCAUCAACCUCCGCAGUCGGGAUGUGCGCAUUCUCAUACAAGAUCCUCCCACCCUGCCUUCCACCAUUACUUCUCCUCUCCUAACUGGUUCUGCCUCCUCCACCUUAGUGGAUGAUAAGGGCCAUGUUCUUCUCAGCUCCCCCACACUCGAAGCCCUACCGGAGAGUAAUCUUGGUUCCAUUGUGGGUGGAGCUGUGGGUGGGGCCUUGUUCCUGCUACUGUUGCUGUCUGUGGUUGGUGUGUGUUACCUACGGAAACAGCAGUCCUUCCAUGGGAACUACUACACCAAGCACUACCUGGGACCCAAUGACCUACAGAAAGCCCCCACGCAGCAUGAGCUCCACCCUACCAAAUCUGGCAGCAGCGCCUACCAUCGGGACCAUGACCGAGAGGAGUGGGGUGACCACCAGCUCAAACAUGAGCGUGACCGCCGUUUCCAUGGCAGCUAUAAUGGAGAGGAGUAUCCCUGUAAUGGCUACACUAGGGCAAUGAGGGAGAGCAGUCACAAUAGCCAUCAUCAGAAUGACAAUCGUGAACACACACAGUAUUCUAGUCCACAGCAGGCCAGGUCUGCAAGAUACCCUCAUUCACCUAAACCACAGGGCAAGGGCUCCCCCUACCUGUCAGAUGGCUGCUAUGAUAGUGGUCCCGAUGGCGACUAUGUCUCUCACACAGACGGCUCAGUCAUCUCACGUAGGGAGUGGUACGUUUGACUAGCUACCUGGUACUGAAGGAGCAAAACGACAACAGAAAUCAGAGGGUUUCAUUUACUAAAAUUCAGAACAAACGUUAUUUAUCUUUGUACAGAUAUGCACAUUCCUACUAAUCUCAGUUCAGUAAUUCUCUUGUUUUGCUCAAGUGUCCUGGCUGACACUUGCUAGGUUUCUGUUCUCGAUGUGGCCUGCACAGCCACUUUGACAGUCAACAUCUAUAUCCCUACAGAGUGGACAUGUCAGUAGUUUGUGUGUGUGUGUAGAGACUAACAAAAGAUCACAAUGCAUGUGCUGUCUCUGCCUUAUGGGCAGCCAAUUGAUUUAGUGUUACUAAUGUCUCUUAGUUGUGCGGAAGCUGAGUUCACAUAUGGUUUUCUAAUAAGGUUUUUUUUUUUUUUGGUUUUGUUUUUUCAAAAUCUGCCUUCUUAGGCUAUGUGACACUUUAUUUGUACUGUAUGUGUUGCUGUUGCCUACACUAAUUAGUUUAAAAGACCUCUGAAUAUGAUUGGCUGACAUUCAAGAAUGGUACAGGACCAGUGACUGUAAAUCAAAUUCAGAUGGUCACAGGCCAUGUUAGUACUCAGUAGAUCACAACAGAGGCUUUAUAGGCAAAUUUAAAAAAGAUUUUUCUCCCUGAGAAACCAAGAACACUCAGUGAUUGGUCAAAGACAGUCAUUGCACUAUAUUUGGUAAUACUUGAUAAUGGGCAGGUCGAUCUUCAGAUCAUUUGUUUUCUACUAAACAUUUAACCUCUAUGUAAAUUACCAUAAUGGGAGACUUGACUACUGAUGUCCUGGCAGUGUCCUUUUUAAACUAGAGUAGGAAUCACCACAGUACCGCACUUCUACCCUAUGUCCUCGUCUUUAUCCCCAGGAGGGAGCAGUGGAGAGAGGGAAGGCAGGGAGGCCUGCUUGAAUAAGGCACAGUCCGCAGUAAGACUUGGUUUGUCAUACAGUUGAGCUGAAUUUAAACAAGUUGGACUGAACCUUUUGAACAUUUGUGAUUUAUUGAUUGUUGAGAAGAGUUUCAAAGUAGUUGUAAUUUUCUGUUAGUCGUGUUGUUUAUCGUGUGGUAAUGCGUGUGUUUGGGAAUUUGCACUCUGGCACCAAACCAGGGCUCUUGGAAAUUCAAGAGCUCAGUCAGCAGGCUACAGUAUGGCAGCCACCAUGCGCUGGCCUCCUCGUCACAAAGUAUUUUCUCACACAAAGAAAUCCUUUGAGUGGAGCCAGUACACUCCACUACAAAUAGCAACCCAUGUUCUAAUUUCACUGCUAUGAGUAAUCUGUAGCAACAAGAUGCACUUGCAAUCUGAGGCAUUAAUAGGCUUAUUGUGGCUUAUCCAUGUGUACAACAGCAAACACUAAUCAAAAUUACCUCAAGAGUUUUAUUAUUCUUACCUUUAGUGUCACAGUAAAGUAUACAUUAUGUAGACAAAUCAGGUCUUUAGUGAUAGAUGUGCUGAGACUGUCACCUGAGGUUAGCAGAAGCUGGACUCGGCUCUUUAUCCACAGCACCCAGCUUACUCACCAGAAGGGACAAACGGUACUAUGUUGCACUGAUCAUUAGAUCACUCAUUAUCCUUCACUUGACUGGGUUUCAGGUUAGACUUACUAUUACUAAGUCUGCAUUCAUUUGUAAGAUGUUCUAGAGGCUUAAAGAUUACAGGACAUACUAGGAGUUGUGAUUGAACUGACGGGAGAAAGUGUUUUACCAAUCAGUGUCAUUGGUCUAUGGAGCACCAAUAGUUUGGGGGUCAAAUAUAGACAAAGCUAAGUUUCAUUUUUGAUAUGUGAUCAGGUGCACACCUAUUAAAUAUUGUGGGUCCUGUUUACCUGACUGCAUAGAGGAGAUCAAAUGAUUUCUUCAUGUACAAUAGUGUUUUUGAAUACAUGCCAACUUUAGUAUGGUUACAAUAUUCACUGCCAGAUGCCAAAUAUUUGUUGAAACUAUGUAUAAAUAUGAUUUGUGUAAUGUAAGUAUUACUACUAGGUAGCAAGUGAUUACUAGCUUAUAUAGAUGAAAACAUCACACGUUAUACACAGUGUCUUGUAGCCUGGAAUAGAAAUAAAAAGAUGCUUUAAGCCACUUUGAUAUCACAGCAACGGUGAUCAAAAUGGGAAUUAGUUGUAUUGUUAUAAACCGUCAAAUUAUAGAUUUUUGUCAGGGUAUGACUUUUGUGACGUGAAUAGGCUGCAGAUUUAAUAAUGUGCCACUGUAACAUGCAAGUAGACAAUAUGACCCCUACACUGCAAUAUGUUGACUGCAGUAUACCAGGACUCGUUUACUUCCGUGGAUUCCAAGCUUAUCAUUCCGAUAACUACCUUAUGCUUCAGUUCACUCUAUUCCCAUUAACACAGUUUCUCACUUAGCACUACUGGUAUAGAGACAGGUUUGAUUUAAUCUACCCAGAUUUUGAGAUUUCUGCUACAGUAUCUCUUAGCCUAAAACACUCCUUCAUAAUCUACAGAACAUACUGUUGAAAGUUUCCAUAUGGAUGAUUUCUUCGGUAGGAUGUAGUUCCCAUGAAUCCUCUACAAUGUAUCCAGGACAAUAUAUUUGUAAAGAGGUGUUGCAAGACAUCUCAAAACCUGGAUCAAUAAAUCCAAAGCUAUCGGCAUUGUCGUAUACCACUACAAGCAGGUGAGAAAAUGGUGCAAUUUGGGUGAACUGGCCCUUUAAUUGGAGUGAAGUGUACCUGGUACUUUGUGAACCACUAACCUCAUUUUGAAUUAGUUGAAUUAAAAGUAAUGUUUGUUGGGGGUGCUUCAGCUGCUGACCCCCUCCUCAUUGUGCAUUUCUAGUCACUUUUGUAUAAAUGCAGAAAACAUCAGGAAGCACAGCGGCCUAAACCCCCUUCCUUUGCUUGCUUCUAUGCACUAAGACAGAAGUUCCACUAAUCAAUGAACUAUUUUUGAUCGACUCGUUAGUUUGGCCCUAAUGAAUUUUCUUUUGUGUGACAUUUUUAGACAUCACUCCUCAGUUAUCUUUACCUUGAGAAAAGUCUUUCACCUUGGGUUGAGACAUACAACUAGUGCCUUAGAGAGCUAAAAGAAGACACGUGUUUUUCUUAUUAUUGUUUGCUUAUAGACUUAUUGCUCUGAGAUUUAUUUUUUACCUUUUUUAUUGUUUAAAUUCUUUUCUGCAUACUGUGUUAGGAGAACUCUGUAGUGCCAUAUUCACCUUUCUGCCCAUGUCACCGUGAAGGUUAAUGACGCCAUACUUUCAAACUUUAAAGGCAUUAAAACACACAAAAAGAUUGUGUUGUUAAUCUACUUAAAAGGUACUUGUCAGAUUCCCCCCCCUUGUGAAAUCACUGUUGCUUCUGAAGAUUUCUCUUCAGUCUCACAUUGUCAGUGAAAUGCACCUUGUGGUCAUGUUCAGUUUUGUAUAUAAAGAAAAUGUAAGUUUCUGGAAGAAACAAACAAAUACUUGUCAGUGACAACAGUGGAGCAUUAUUUUGUUAAUCUUUUUGAGAUACUUCUGUUCAAUAAAGCACUUUAGCACC